AUGUUCAAGCACGAUCUUGAAGAUCCUUCAAAUCGGCUUUCAUCUUGGGUUGGCAAAGGAGACUGUUGUAAUUGGACGGGAGUUGUCUGCGACAAUUUAACAGGUCAUGUCCGCGAGCUACACCUUGCCGGAUAUGUGGACAUGUUAAGUGGUAAGAUAAAUCCAUCUCUACUCAAUUUAAAGCAUCUUACCUACUUGGAUCUAAGCAACAAUUAUUUUGAAGGAAUGCAGAUUCCUAGCUUCUUAGGUUCUCUCAAAAGUUUAAGAUAUCUUAACCUCUCAGACUCGUCGUUCGUCGGAUUAAUUCCUCAUCAAUUGGGAAAUCUAACGAGUCUACAGGUUCUUGAUCUGCACAAUAACGAUUUGGAGGUUGAGAGCCUUCAAUGGAUUUCUGGUCUUUCUCAAUUGCAACACUUGGACAUGAGUGGUGCAAAUCUUAGCAAAGCAUCUGAUUGGUUGCGGGUGACAAACACACUCCCGUCUUUGGUAGAGAACUUGGUUAUGUCUGAUUGUGGACUUUAUCACAUACCUGGUGGUAUUGCCAACAUGACUAAUCUUAAAUUCCUUAAUCUCGGGGGCAACCCUAUCAGUUCUACUAUACCUAAAUGGUUGUACAGGCUUAGCCAUCUUCAGUCCCUAAUUCUUUCCUUCAAUUUUUUUCAUGGUGAUAUCUCGUCUUCCCUUGGAAACCUCACAUCCAUUGUCAAUCUUGAUAUGUCGAGGAACAAUCUCAAUGGAAGCGUGUCAGAAAUUUUUGAAAGUUUUUCUAGGUGUAGUUCAGGUCAAAUGGAGUCAUUGAGUCUGUCAGAUAACAAUCUUUCUGGCCAAUUAACAGAUAAGCUUGAUCAUUUUGAAAAGUUGCGCGUCCUUGAGCUUGCUAAUAACUCACUAUCAGGUCCCCUUCCACCGUCCUUUGGCAAUCUGUCAUGCCUAGAAGUUUUGAGAAUUGGUGAUAAUAAUUUAACAGGUGUUGUCUCUCAACAACAUUUCACUAAUCUUACAAGAUUGGUGGAAUUUGACGCACGUGGAAACUCAUUGACUCUUGAAACUACUCCACACUGGCUUCCUCCAUUUCAACUUUCUAUUUUGGUUUUAGAUUCUUGGCAUCUGGAGCCAUCGGAAUUCCCCAUGUGGCUUCAGAGUCAAACGCAGUUGGAGUCUCUUAGCAUGCCCAACACAAGAAUUUCAGGUACCAUUCCGACUUGGUUUUGGAACUUUUCUUCCUACUUAGUGUAUAUUGAUCUCUCUGAAAAUGAAUUGUAUGGUGAGGUUCCACAUAUAUUUCCCAGUCCGCAAGAUCAGGAAAUUUUCCUAGGUUCUAACCAGUUCAAUGGUUCAUUACCUUUUGUUUCAUCAACAUUAUAUGUACUAGAUCUUUCCAACUCAUCGUUUUCUGGAACGCUCUUUCACUUCUUCUGUAAUAAUAAUAGUGAACCAAAGGCACUUUCAAUUCUUCGUCUGGACAACAAUCUUCUAUCUGGAAAAAUUCCUGACUGUUUCCGAAACUGGGAUAACUUGGUAGUUGUAAAUUUAGAAAGCAACAAUUUAAUUGGGAAUAUUCCAAGGUCUUUGGGCUACUUACUCUCCCUCGAAUACUUGCACUUGCGCAAUAAUCACUUGCAUGGGGAGUUGCCUCCAUAUCUAAAGAAAUUUACAUAUUUGACUAUUCUUGACCUUAGUUACAAUAAGUUUCUAGGAAAGAUACCAAUGUGGAUUGGAACAAGCCUUUCAAAUUUGGUGGUUCUUAGCCUUCGUUCAAAUCAGCUUCAUGGCCACAUUCCGUACAAACUUUGCAAUCUCACAUAUCUCCAAAUAUUGGACCUCGCACAUAACAAUCUCUCAGGAAGAAUGCCAAGAUGUUUGUACAAUUUUACAGCAAUGAGUACAAACACCACCUUUUCAGAAGAUACCCGUUCAUACACUAAUCCUUUUGGUGCGGACCAAAUAGAGAAUGCAAACGUGGUGACAAAAGGUAGAGAAGUGAACUAUAGAAACGUUCUUUUUAGAUUGGCAAUUAGUUUGGACCUUUCGGACAACAUUAUCUCUGGAGAAAUCCCUGAAGAACUUACCAGCCUCAUCUACUUGCAGACAGUGAAUUUGUCAAACAAUCUUUUGACUGGAAGAAUCCCUCCCAAGAUUGGUGAUAUGAGACGGUUAGAAUCUCUUGAUUUGUCCAUGAAUCAACUUUGUGGUCAAAUUGCACCAAGUAUGUCAAGUUUGACAUUUCUCAGUGCCUUGAACUUGUCCUACAACAAUUUGACAGGCGAGAUUCCGAAAAGUACUCAACUUCAGAGUUUGGAUCAAUCCAGUUUUAUUGGUAAUAAACUUUGUGGCCCUCCACUUGAAGUGAACUGCAAUAAUUCCAAAGGGACAGUACCACCGGUAGCAGAUCAGAAACACGGAGGAAGUGAUUUGCUUGGAGACGGUUGGUUCUAUCUGAGCUUGGGACUAGGAUUUCUGUUCGGUUUUUGGAGUGUUCUUGGCUCGUUGUUGUUGAACUUGCCAUGGAGCAUUGUCUUUUCUCGGUUCCUAAAUAGCAUUGUGAAGAAGCUUUAUAGGGUAAUUGUUGAACAUUUUUAA